GAGAGGUGUUCCCUCAGAAAGAGACUUGGAGAAGAAAAUGGUGGUGCGCUCUCUCACUCUGUGAUUCUGUGAAUCUGUUUACAGAGUUUUGCACUACAAGGGAAACUACUGGAACAAAGGCACAGAUGACAACAGGUCAGUGAGCGACGACUAAAAGAAGCACCACCAUGACACACCGGUUCUUUGAGGGGAAGGAGCACGCCUCCGUCUACCAGAAGUAUCGCGUUGAACCUCCAGAUGAGGUCAGAAAUAUUAUCCUUCAAUACUUAGAUGAAAAGAAGGGACAGCCACAUGUGUUGGCAGUAGAUCUGGGAUGUGGAACAGGUCAGACCACUCGAAUAUUGGCACAGCACUUUAAAGAAGUCGUUGGUAUUGACAUCAGUGAGUGUCAGCUUGAGGAGGCCAGAGCUGUGCCAGGGUUCUCCAACAUCGAGUACAGGAAAGGGAGAGCAGAGGAGCUUCCAUUUUCUGACAGCUCUGUAGACUUGGUAACAGCAUCAGCAGCUGCUCACUGGUUUGAUCAUGCAAAGUUCCUUGCUGAGGCAGGUCGGGUUCUGAAGCCCCGCGGCUGCAUUGCUCUUCUUGACUACAAUACCACCAAAUUACACUACUCAAACUGUGGAGAACGACUUGACAGCAUCUAUGAUGAGGUGCAUCAGCUGCUGAUACCAUACACCAGCAACCCAGUAGUUCAGUGUGACAGUGAACUGGAGAAGUUAUACUCUGCAAUCCCUUUUCCAGACAAAGAACGGAUUGAAGGUAUUCAAGUGAAAUCUUUCAUCACACUGAAAAACCUGUUGGGAUUCAUUGAGACCUGGUCCAUGUUCCAAACUUACAAGAAGGAUGACCCUCAGGCUGCCAACAACCUGCUGCUCAACAUUCAGAAGAGGUUUCUGGACGAAAUGGGAGUCACCUCUCUUAACACUGUAAUAGAAAGGGAGAUGACAUUUUUCGGUUAUUUGGCAUCAAAAUCACAAUAAUCAACUCUGUAGAUGUGUGUUGUAACAAAGUACAAUAUAUAUAAACUUCAGAAGCCUAUCAAAGCCUUUGAUGCAUUAAAGAGGGAGCUUAUUGAACUUUGAAAUUCUUGUUUUUUCCAGAACUGUUACUGAGCUUUCCUUGUGUCAUGAUAAUUAUUUGUCAAAAGACUUACAACCUAAUCCAUAAUACAAGUUUUAGACUAACAGAAGUUGUUUUCAGACAUGCAUUGAACACUGGAGAUCCUCCAGAGUGUCCCAGAUUACCCAAAUUCACUCCUACAUUGUAGGCCCAUGUAUCACUGACCAUUGACCAACAUUUUGACUGUAUGAUAAAUGUUUUUACCUCAAUAAAUUUGCUUAUGAUACAUACCAACAUACUUUUACUUUCAAGACUUUGAAGAAAUUAUUUUCUCAGAGGAAAUUUUUUAACUUUAACUCCAUUUUGGCCAGUUUAACAAAAGUUGUCACUCAGUUGAAAAAGCUUUUGUAUGAAAAUCACAGACAAUUUCCAAUGUAAAAUAACUAUAACUCAUGUACACCUUGAAGUAAAAUGUAUUUCUGGUUAUUACAUAGAGCUUG